AGCAGCGGAUGGAAAGCAGAAAUCAAAUCUCUGCUGGCUGAGAAUAAAGGCGACGUCUGCUGCCAGGGCUGCAGGAGUAAUGUGUGGCGUGCACGACUGCUGAGGCCAUGGCUGUGGAGGCUAUUCAUUGCAAUCGGAACUCCAAUAAUAUCGACCACCCUGCCAGCACGGACAACAUCAACCUGAACCUCAAGGGGGAACACGCCGACUCGCCCUCCAUUAAGGACACUUCAAAAGUUCCAGGGCCCAAGGGGACACCCAAGAAACUGCAGUCAGACGCACCCAAGCCCAGUAUUAAAGGAACAAAACCUGUAGCAUUCUGGACACAGCAUGACGUAUGUAAGUGGCUUAAAAAGCAUUGUCCGAACCAAUACCAACUCUACAAUGAGUCUUUCAAAGAGCAUGACAUAACCGGCCGAGCUCUGCUACGACUCACAGAGAAGAAGCUGGAGAGGAUGGGGAUUGUCCAAGAGAGCCAGCGGCAAUACGUCCUACAACAGGUCCUCCAGCUGAAAGUCCGGGAGGAGGUUCGAAACCUCCAGCUCCUGACACAAGAUUUAUUCGUGCCCUGACAAAACGUACAGAAAAGUGCCUUGAUGAUCCGAACCUCUCAUUCCCAUGUCUAGGACUUCUUCUGUGCUGCAUCGGUUCUCUGAAAUGCUCUUUCCCAGAGAACCAGACUAAUUCCCAGCUCCCCCAGCUCCCCCAGCUUUAAGCAUGCCCACAUCUUUUAGGGCUGGCCUACACUGUUCUCUGACUGUCCUGACUAUUCUAACUCUUUGCUGUUUUAUUUUACCGCUUGUUAAUUUAGCAGAUCCGAUGUUUCUUAACCAUUUUUUACAUUUGUUUGCAAUAAUUGGCAUAGUUUAAGCCCUCACUUAAGGUCAUUAAAUAAAAAAAAAAAUCAUGGACAUGUUAAUAGUUUAGGAGGUAGCCUAUUAUGUCAUAGUUUUGGUAUUUGACAGCAGUGCUCUAUGCAAGGAUGCCUCAGUACAAGAUAGCUGCAGGGGUCAUUUAAAGAUCAUUGCUCCUUUCUGCAAACUAGAGGUUGUAGGCUAGUGGAGCAGGCAUUGAUGGAUGAUUCUCUGUAAUGUGUAUCACGCUGUAUCUCAACUCCACUACAAUGACUAUAUGACAGGCCUAAAAUCAUUUCUAAGCUGCGUGAAGGUACUGUACCGGACUGACAUUGUACAACAGGGGAAUAAAUCAGAGACAUAUCUCCUCUGUGUUAUCAGUCUUAAAAAAAAAAAAAAAACUAUAAAAAUUGAGUGACAUGAAAAAAACUAACAAAACCCAAAAGACAUCUUCUGGCUUUCAGACUGCUUACCAUCAGCUAAAAUGCAACCAUUGAUUGCUCGAUGCAUCCACUUAUUUCCGCUACUGUUUAGAUUUCUACUUCUGAAUCAUCAAAAUAAGCUGGAUAUAUAAAGCGCAACUGGCGGGCAGAUUAUUGGACAAGAACGGUCAUAGGAAUGCUCGUUCCUAAUAAUCUUCCAAUGGUGCACCAGAUCAUCCAACAUAUGAACUAAAUGCUUGUUCACCUGUGAAUUCAUCUGUCAUGCGGACACCACUACAGUAGUAGCGAUCUUUGCAUGUAAAUGCAGCUCUUCACCACCCCCGAGGAGCAGGUGAUUAUCGGGAAGGAAUAUAAUCGCCUGCUCCAUCGAGCUUUGCAAAUCCAGGACAAUGGUCUAUUUACACGGCACUUUAUGCCGCCGGAAUUUUCACGCAGGCUCCGAUGUUUUAAAGCCAUGACCGCACCAAGAAGGCACAUGUUUCUUCUUGGCGUAGUGUUCAGACACCCACCACUUGAAGCUUUCCGAUCGCUGUUUAGCACCAUUCAAUGGAGCUAAGCCGCGAGCGGGUUCAAAGCAUCCAAACUGUGGUAUCAAGCUAUUUCUUCAAGAGGAAGGCAAAACAAAUCACAUGUGACAAUUGGACCAGUUAUGAAUUGUGGACGGAGAGCAUCCUUCCUGACUCCAUAAAGAUGCUUUCCUGACACGUCUGUGCUAGUAAAUAAUUUUAUUCCCCGGAUCUCUGCAUUGGGCCAUUUCUCUAUGUAUGAAUAAAUUAAAGGGGUUGUCUCAUCUCAUAAAGUGAUAUAUGUGUAAUAACCUAAUACCAGUAACUUACCAAUAUACUCUAUGUUACCAUAAUGCCUCCUGUUUUUACACAUCCUAAUUAAUAUAAACUGCUCGUCCCUAGGUGAAGCAUUGCAGUGGUGACCGUGGAUGUGCUGUGAGAGGAAGCAAAGCUGGCCCUUAUGGUGGCCAGGAUAGCAGGCGCGCGAGCAUAGUCUCCUGCACAUGCACAUUAGCGCCUGUUCCGGGCCACCUCGUAUUGCCUGUAUCUGAAGCGCCUUUUGCUAGCCACCUUGUAUGUCCUAUGGAUCUGCCACAGUGCUUCACCCAGGCUGCUAUCGUUCUGCUGAGCCGACUAAUGCUGUUAUUGAAUCAUUAGCAGCCUCGGUAGCAUGGGCGUACAGGCCAGAGGAGGGAAGCACAGCGUUCCAAGGCCUCUGGGUUGUACUGCUAGUCAUGUUAGCACCAGCCCAAGCCUGCCUACCUGAAGACAAGAAAUGAGACAACUUCUUUAAAUGUAAAGAAGCCUUUCCUAUACCGAUGAUGAAACCAUCUUUUCCUCUGCAUAUAAAAGAUCAAUUUAGCAACUUUUUCACAUAAUUUAUUUCCCCCUUUUUUACUCUUGCUUUUUUCCUUUUUGUUUCUUCCCUUGAUUUCACCUUCAAAGUUGAAAACCUAUCUUAUGACUUUACUAAUUCUUAGCCCUAAGGGUAAUCCGCCACCCGUAUGUAUUCAGCCCGUCUUUUGUGCUGUGAUUGACAAGUCACAUGACAUUUUUUGUAAGCAAUCAUUCACCUCCUUUGAUAUUUGUGGUUUGCUUUACAAUGUUUUUAUCUGUAGUGUUUGUAGACAUGUGGUAACACAGAUAAAACGGCCACAAAGAGUAUUUCAAGAAAUGAGAAAAUCUUAGUAAAUCUUAUGUUGGCCGGAAAUCUGAACAAAGCGCAACAAAAAGCAGCACAGCUAAGAUACAUAAGAGCAAAAUGUAGUUUAUCAGAACAUGGAGGAACUUUACUAAUCUGUUCCUUUCAAACCAGUCAAUGUUCUUGAGAAGUCUAAUCCUACUAGAGGUGCAGGUUUAGGGACUCGCUGACAUUCCUUGCUGACUGGAGUUUCCUUGUAACUCAAAAAAAAAAGUCAUCCACUGAGAAGUCUGAUUGUGAAAAGUAAAGUGGUUUACUGCAGUGAAGAGCAUUUAUCUGUGUUUAAGGGAUUAAAAACACUUCUCGGAGAAUGACACCUCAGAGGAAUGGAUUUGUCUCCAUCCUCAUGCUCUGCAUCAUGAAACACAUUAUCAAUACAAUUGUAGCAGACAAUGGUUCAUUUUCCUCUUCCACGUGGUUUACGUAACUUUAGAGGCAACUCUUCAUCUGUCAUGGCACCCAUGAGGAGGUGGACCCAGCUAAGGUUAGCCGCAUUUAUUUUUCAUGAAUGGCGUGACUCUGGAUUCUAGAAGCUCUGUGGUGUCAUCAAACAAAUGGUGGCAUACCUAUUGUACCAUAGAGAAAGACCACACACUUUCUGCGGGCCUGACCCCAAACCUGCUUUUCCCAAUCUUUGCCCUCCAACCCCAUAGAGUACACUUUGGAGAGGUUUGUUUAGUUACCAGGUGCCCACUUCUUCUUCAACAAAUUUGCAAAACUACCUGAUCUAAGCUGUACAAAACACACAAAAAAAAAACACAAGGGAAAAAGAUGAUGUGAUGUGUACAAGUUGCUUGGGGGCAACCUAAAUUUGGCCCCCAAGUCAAAACUGGACACCACUUGAGACACCACAUUUAGAUUUUUCUCUGAGACCAUUCUUCCUGGCUCAUGAUACAGUAGAUGAAGGAAGUGACCAAGGGUUUACUCUACAAUGGUCCAACAGACCACAAGCUUUAAUGGUGGUAACAUGUGCAAGUUGCUUGGGGGCAAUCUGAGUUUUGCCUCCCAAGUCAAAACUGGACAUCACUUGAAACACCACAUUUCCCUCUGAGACCAUUCCUCCUGGCUCGGGAUGCAAUGGAUGAAGGAAUAGGCCAAGGGUUUUCCUACACGGGUCAAACAAACCCCAAUCUCUAAUGUGUCAAGAUAAGGGGCCAAGGCCACUUGAAAAGACACUUCAAGGAGGGGGCUCCAUUUAAUUUUUUUAUCCAUUUAGAUUCUGUCUUAAAGGUUUGCCUUAGUGUCAAUGGAUAUUGAUCAAAGUCAUAAACCAAUAUAUAGCACACUGCUCCUACAGCUUGACUUGUCUAAGAUCCUGUUCCCCAGUGAAUGAGAUCCAGGAAAUUGUUCUACAUACUCAUAACAUCACUACUGUCAAAAUAAUGUAAAGAGACUGGGCACACAACCAAAAGACAUAAUGUUGAUGGAUGGUAAAAAGCACAUGUGCAACCAGUAAUGAUCAUUGUUAUAGGCACCUGCAUUAAAGAGGUCACUUUCCUGCUGCCAUCUAUCAUGUAUAGAGCAAGGAAAGUAAGCAUCAUAUCUGGGUAAGAGACACGAUUAACUUCUGUUUUAUAUCUUGAGUCGUGUCAGGAUAUUUCUAUAGGCUCAUGAGGUGUGUGAAAUUUGUUUGGGAAGUUGGAAAAUGUGAGUAAUGUACAUUAUUAAACCUAUGGUGAUCGGAGUCUGGUUCAGUGGAACCACAGGAGGUCCCCAUGUUGCAUUCAUAAUAUGGGUGUGUGAUUAGUAAUUUCCGAUUAUAAACAUAUGGUUAAUAAAUCAAGACAUAAAUGACUGAAGUUCCGGAUGGUGGCUCAAUGUUUCUGGUCUUCCAGUAGAUUAGUCUACAUAAAUCUGCCAUUGACAGCAUCUACCUCCCCUUGUGUUGUUA